GUCAUUGUAGACUUGUAGUCAUUAAAACCGAACUGCAGUCUUUUUUCAUAUUUUAGUUAGUUAACUUUAGUCCAUGUGUCGACUUGUAGUCGAUUAGAAAUUUUAACAUGUUAAUAAAGGAAUACCGAGUAACACUUCCUCUUACUGUAGAAGAGUACCAAGUAGCCCAGUUAUAUUCAGUGGCUGAAGCUAGUAAGAACGAGACUGGUGGCGGUGAGGGAAUCGAAGUACUAAAGAAUGAACCAUUCGAUAACUACCCCCUUUUAGGCGGAAAAUACAAGACAGGACAAUAUACAUAUAAAAUUUAUCAUUUAGCAAGUAAAGUUCCUGCAUUUAUCCGACUUUUGGCACCUAAGGGAGCUCUAGAAAUUCAUGAAGAAGCUUGGAAUGCAUACCCUUACUGUCGCACAAUAAUCACGAAUCCUGGGUAUAUGAAAGACAAUUUCUCCAUACUCAUCGAAUCAUAUCAUAUUGCUGAUCGUGGCAAACAAGACAAUGUACAUGAGCUCCCACCUGAAAAACUGAAAGUUCGUGAAGUGAUCAAAGUCGACGUUGGUAAUGAUCCUGUCAGUCCUGCGGACUAUAAACCAGAUGAAGAUCCCGCUAAAUUUCAAUCUGAAAAAACUGGCCGUGGCCCACUCGUCGGAAACUGGCAGGAAAAUGUGAGCCUUGAUUUAACAAAACAAGUUGAACCUGUCAUGACUUGUUAUAAAUUGGUCACUGUAGAGUUCAAAUGGUUUGGACUUCAGUCUCGUAUAGAAAGUUUUAUUCAUAAGUCUGAACGACGGUUAUUUACUAUUUUUCACAGACAAGUAUUUUGCUGGAUCGAUCGAUGGUAUGGGCUAACAAUGGAAGAUAUUAGAGCAAUUGAAGAGAGAACCAAAGAAGAACUAGAUAGGCAACGAAAUCAAGGUGAAGUUCGUGGAAUGAAAGCUGAUACAGAUUAAAAAGGAUCGAGUACAAAUGCUAUGCUUCCUGUGUGAAAUAAAUCCACUUGGUGUUCAGUUUAAGUGUCCUCUAAUUAUAUUUUGCCUAAAGACAGGGAUAGGGAUUUAAUUGGUUUUUACAAUAUUGUUAGUUUCAUUAAAUUUCAAUGCACAAUUUAGUGUCAAUAAGUUCAUUAGAAAAAGCAUUAUAUUUUUAUUUGGCUAAUGGAAAUGUCUUAAUGUGAAGUAAAACAUAAUAAAACCAGUCUACAUGUUUAUUAAAAUAAAAUAAAAACCUAACUAAUAUCUACCAAAUAUGAGUUAGGCGCAUGAAGUUACUUCAUAAGUCCAUGACGAUUUCUAUAUUUAAUUUUUUUUUUUUUAAUUUAUUCCUCAUGAUGUGAAGAAAUUAUUCCAUGUAAAGUAAGCAUUUACUUGCAGUACGAUAAUUUUUACCUAUUAUUCGUUUAGGCAUGUUAUGUUUAUAAGAAAUUUUUUUCUUAUAUUUAUUAAGAAAUAUUUUAUAAACUCUGUUAAAUUAUUAAUUUCUUCAGUUACCGAAAGUAUUGGUCUUGAUUUGUAUGUGUAUAUUGUUAGAAAUGAAGAUGUAAUAAUAAAUUUGUAUAUUGUUUGUAUAAGAUUUUUCUUUUGUUUUAAUCUUCUAUAGUGACCAUUGUAGACACAACAUUGUAAACAAUGUUAGUUUGGCAUGCAAGACUGACUUGUGUUAGUUUUUAGGAAUACCUAACUGUGCAUGCCAUAAAUUUAUACAUUUACUGUGAUUUUGUAAUAAUUAUCCCCAGAUUUGUAAAUCAUAAUUUUUUUCAGUGUGCAAACUGAAUUUUCAACUCUUUAUUUUUAAUAUCCUUUAUAAGUUAGUAGAAAGUUUUGUAUCUUUGUAUUUUGUUUAAUCUUAGUUCUGUGAUAUUACCACAACUUUAAAGCUAUUUUUUCUUCUUAAUCUCAUUAACAAUUUCUCAAUUUUAUGUGGACUGGUUUCUUAAUUUAUUUUUUUUUAAUUCAUUCGGUUGUUUAUAACAGUUAUAAAAAGGAUGAAAUGGAUUAAUGAUAUAAACAAAUUUGCCCAUUAAAUAUAAGUAGCCUAGAAAUGAAGACAUUUAUGGCGUUCUAGAAGAAUGUCAGAUGUCUUUAUAGUCAGUAGUGUAUUUAUAAAGUACCUAGGCAUCAUGUUCAACUUUACAUUUGCAAGUACAGAAAUAACAUUAUUUAUUUUAUUUUUUUUUAACAAUGCGAGCAAAUCAUUGAAGUGAUAAACGCUCUUUUAGUUAAUGUUCAAUAAUUUAAACAACUUAAAUGGUAAUAAAUUGAUAACUGUUAGAUUAAAUUGCCAUUACAAAAUUAUUUUACAGAAUUUUUUUUUACUUUAUAUUCUAGCUCAAUGAUUAGAAACUACUUAAUGCUUGUUACUUUAAUAUUUAUUUAAAUUAUUUGCAAAAAAAAGUGUAAACCAAAAUUUUAUGUUAAUCUCAAUGGUUAAUAACUAAAAAGCUAUGAAAUUUGAUUAUUUAAAUAAAAUACAAAUAAAAAAAGUGAUUUGGAUUAAAUAUUCUGUAAGCGGAAUUAUCUGUGAAUCGCCCUUUUUAGACAUAUUAAAAAUUUUAGAAAAAUCAAAAGUAUACAAGUGUCAUUGAGUAUUAUUUGUAUCUAAAAUUUUAUUCUAACUCAAGAAUUCUCCCAAAAUUAAACAAUGUAAUCCUACACUGUGAACAUCUGUGUACUAAAUAUUUAUAAUUAAUCAAUAAAUUUAUUAAUAUAUUUAUUUUAAGAUGACUUUUAAAGCUAUUCUUAACUAAAAACUACUUCCUCACAUAGUUGACGUAUUUAGCUUUAAUGUUAUGAGAAUGUUGAAAAUUUAAAAAAAAAUGUUUUGAAUUGUAAAAUGUAUAGUACGAGAUGUGAUCAAAAAUUGCACUAACCAUAAAAUAUUUCAUCUUAUACAGGCUUAGAAUUUAUAGAACAUCUCAGGAUGUUAUAAUGUUACGGGUGCAACAUGCAAUAUUAGUACUUAAAUAAAUAAUUUGACUCA